ACCUGGCUGGAGUGACGUUACUCUCUCUCUCUUCUCUUCCAGCGCUGCUCUACCUCCAUUCCAGUCACCCGUGGAGCGAGCAGCUCGUCGCACCGACCACAGCUUUUAUCCAUCCGGCCCGAUUUCCAGCGCGUUUUAGCUUUCCUCUGGGUUAAAGUCACCCGUUCACUAACGCGUUCCUCUUUCGUUGUCGUUGGAGUGUCGAGGAUACGUUACUUUCGCUCAUUCAUACCCACGUCGGUGAAGUUAUGUAGUUGCUACCUGCUGUAGCUUCCUUUAUCCCCCUUUUCCGGGAUUUUAUCUUCGCCCAUUAAUUGCGACAGAUGUCCUCCUCCUCCUCCUCCGUGGCCUGAAUCGUGCCCCCACCCCCUCCCCCCCUCCCUUAAAUAUUCGCGAGGAAUCCAGUUAUAGUCGAAAGAGUGAUCGUGACUGGAAGGAGAAAAGCUGGAACAGAACGACAAGUGGAAACUGUUUGUUAAGUUGUGGAGUGCAUGGAAUUCUUGCGAGAGCGGUCUGGAAUUCCAAGAGCUGGAUUUGUAAACAGGAGAUUCCAGUGAUUGGUUUAGGAAUAGGAGUGACUUCAUCGUGAGUGCCGUUUGUGAUAUCUGUGACCUUGUUGUAACAAACUAAAAAAAAAGAUAAUAGAAGAAACGAAAGGAGAAAAACAUUCCCGAAUUGAUACAAUGCCCAAGUGAGCUGUAAUGCAAUACGCCACCUGUGGAAGAACCGUGAUAGAGGAAUUCUGAUAACCACUUCCUCUGCAAGGAACAAAUACCUGCUCAGUGCAUAAUUCCAUGAAGAUGAAUAUGGAAUGAGUGAACAUUUAUUUUACAUUUUAUUUUGGUUUUUAUAGUGAAUAUUUUACAAGUGUAACGGAGACAUGACCAAAUGACAAAGGGGCAUACCAAUGACAACUGACCUGACAGUUCUGGAAACGAAUUAUUUCUAGUUGCAAACGACGAGCACCGUACGUACCCACAGGAGCCGCAGCAGCCUCCGGAGGGAGGAGGUCCCCCUUUUAAUCUGCAGGUGGCGCCUUGGAAGAACACCUUGGUCGACGCACGUGGCAUCAUUCCUCCUCCCCCUUUCUCGGCUCCCGGUACGGGGCCCUGCGUGGCCCUGAUCUGAAUUCCUCGAGGUGGGCGGUGGCACGGGCGGCAGCAGCAACAGCCAUGGCGGGUGCGGCCCUGUGGCGCGGGUGUGGGCAUGGGCGUGGGAUAGGAUGAGGCGGAGGGGCUUCCAGGAAGUGGCAUUAUCUCUCACCGAGCCAGGCUCCGUUUUGCACGACGACGGCGGAACCCGACAUCGCAUGCAACAUCCUCUGUCGUCGACGUCCGCCUUUUACCCCACGCCAGUCGAAACCGAAGGGGCGACAGCCUUCGCCUUCAGCAGAAACCCAGCUCCUGGCCACAGGCCUCUGCGUCAGGAUCAGACGCAGCUGCAGCAACUUCCUCCCGAAGAGCAGCAACAGCAACUCCAUCCGUUGCAAGAUCACUUCCCUCCUCCCCCUCCCCCUCACAGAGCACAGCUGACGAGACAGCUGUCGAGGCUCAGCGCCACUUCGUCCUCCCAGGUGACCCCAACCAUUCCCCGCCAGCAUCCCAAACACCACCCGCUCUCUCUCUCUCGUUCGGCGUCGGUCUCCAUCCUGUAUGAUUCCGAGACGGAUUCGGCCGACUACGAAUCAGCACCGGUGGUGGUGGACAAGCCCGGGCCCCCCCGCCAGGCCGCCCUCCCCUCCACCUCCUCCGUCACGCGGAUCGUCACCUCCGUGAAGAGGAAGGCCAAGAACGUUCGCCGCACCGUUGUGGCCAUCAGCAGGUCCGCCCUCUCGUCGGGGCGCUCCUCGAGUGAAAGCUCCUCCUCCGCCGUCCAGAAACCCACACAAAGCCGUCCGCAGCGCCCAGCCGAUAUGGAGGAUAUAGGAGUCGAGCGGAGAAUCGAAGCGUGGCAGUCCGCCCUGAAGGCGGCUGUCGACCAGGAUAUGCACGGUCAGAUGGAUGACGCCCUCGAGGCAUAUGACAGACUGAACCGCAACAUUACCAAAGGAGCCAUCUACGAUUACGAGCAAAUUAGCUGCGACCAGAAGAAACUACUGGGCCAAGUGCUGACUUGCCUCGACAUGCGAACCCAGCAACUUCGGAUCAAGCUGGAAGGUUCUCGGGCUCAGAUCUGCAAGCCAGGCCUCGCCUCGACGGGGCCGCUGUCUAAAGACGCCAUCACCUCCACGGCCGAGACCAUGGCCCUGAACGAACUCACGAAAUGCCUGGAAGUCCUCGACACCAUCCGCAGGAUGGUGUCGAAGACCAAAGUGCCGGUGGUCCUGGUGUACCGGGAGCGGAAGCAUCGAACUCAGCACCGCCACGAGGAGAAGGGUCAGAGCAACAAGGUGGUGUUCCCCAAGGAGAAGCGCGACUUCCUCAGCCUCAUGGGACUGCCAGGCUCCAUGUUCUCCGAAAAGGGCUUCGAUUUCACGGUCAGGCCGAACACCGCCACUGCCCUGCGGAAGCUGCAGGAGGAGGAAGCCCAAAACAACCGGGACAACCAAACCAGGGACACCACCGACGUCGGCGAGAUCGAGCCGGACGAGAAGAACGGCGGGACGGCCGUCCAGGUCGAGGACGACGACACCGACUCGCCCAAGACUACCAAGAAGAACCUCCUGACCUACCUCCCGUUCAUGAAGAGGACCUCCGUCGCCCCGCACCCGGAGUUGGAAGACGCGGAGGGGCGUGACAUCGAGGAGGCAGCGGACGACGAAGAGGAGGAGGAGGGGGAGGAGGAGGAGGCCGCCGACGCCAGAUCGACUCUCAGCUGCGACACCUGCAGCUCCGCCGGCAGUAGCGAUACCGAAGAGGAACUCGAAGACGUCACGGACACCCCGGUCGCCGGGGCCACGUACGCCCACAAGGAGUCGGUGCUCCCGCCGCCCUUCAAGGAGAUCGGUUCCACCUACAUCACUUUGGGCUUGGAGAAGGUGGGCUUGAAGAACACGGGUCGCAUCGUCUGUCCAUUCAUCAGGGUUUCUGUCAGAGAUUCGCAAGGGAACAUCCUGUCCCCAGAGUCCACGCAGGAGAGCGGCGAGUGGGAGAUCAUCAACAGGAACUACCUGAGGGCGCCAUCCCAAAUUCAUCUGCAGUGUUCCUUGGAGAAUAUACCCGAAGAUGCGGCCAUAUUCUUGGAGCUGCGGCACUACCGUCCACAAAAAAACAUCAUCUCUACCCUCUGCUACACAUUCCUCGACCGGCAUCACCUCUCCAACGAAAGAUUCGUCUGCGAACUGUACACCUCACCCGUGGACUACACCAGGAAGGACCUGAAGAAUUACUCGGAGAAAGCUUUUUUCCUCCACCUCGAAGUGAUGCUGAGGCAGGCCAGCUGCGAAGUCCAGACUCUAGACUCUCCGAAGUCAACCGCUUCCAGCUGAAAGCGAGACGGUCAGGACUGUGACGCUCCCUGGGAUCCCUCAGAAGUGGCUAGAGGAUACCAAAGGACUUCGUGGUCAUGUGAAGAAUGAAAUGCAGUAUUACUGAAAAUGAGUCGACUUCAGGAACUUGACGACAUUCGAGUGUGAUGUGGACGCCUCUCAGACUUCUACUGAUACCAGCCCUGGUUCCUCAACAAAACUCAAAGCGCAUAUUUUUUUAAAACCUUAAAAAAACCACAUGUUCAUAACGGACAGGGAGGCACACCUUUUCCGGACUUUGGUCGUACAAUAUUCAGAAUGAGACGAGACACUAAAACCAUUUCUAACACGAUGGCACGUAGGCUGACCUGUGAAUACCAUUGUUAGAAUCAUAGCAGUUAUCUGCUUACCAGAUAAACUCAUGAUAAACUUCGAAGGCAAAGGCAGUCACUUAGCACUUCAGAAACUACUGACUUAACUUCUGUAGUUAGCGUGUCAGGUCUUAUCCAAUGUUCUCCGAAAGAUUGCAGUCAUUGCUACUAACUUAACAAUUCAUCUGAUACUUUCUAUGCAAUUAGCCGAUUAAGCUUUUUUUUUUUUUUUUGUGAUCUUCAAUGUUAGUUUUAGAUGAAAGUAGGAGUAACUGUGAUGGUCGAUGGAACGAGUUUUCUUUUUUAUUUAAUUGAUAAAGUAAAGUAAAUUUUCAUUAGACUCUAAUUUAGGUUUGGAAAUUAAACCCUUCUCUCACGAAGUA